GCUCGAACGGACGGCGGAUGAGUUUUGGGCCGCAAAGGCUGCCGUAGAGGGGCGUGGCGACGGAGCGGCGAUUUGGUUCACAUAGUUCACGUGCCGGCCGCCGCGGAUUUUCUCAGACUUACCAUGGCUCAGCCGGGGACACUAAACCUUAAUAACGAGGUUGUGAAGAUGAGAAAAGAAGUGAAGAGAAUCCGAGUGUUGGUUAUCCGAAAACUUGUCCGGAGUGUUGGCAGACUGAAGUCAAAAAAGGGUGCUGAAGAUGCACUGUUAAAAAACCAGAGACGGGCACAACGCUUGCUUGAAGAAAUUCAUGCUAUGAAGGAAUUGAAACCUGAUAUAGUAACUAAAUCUGCUCUCAGUGAUGAUAUCAACUUUGAAAAAAUCUGCAAAAAGCCUGAUUCUACUGCAACUGAAAGAGCAGUUGCCAGACUAGCGAUGCAUCCUCUUCUGAAGAAAAAAACAGAUGUGCUGAAAGCUGCUGUCAAAGCCUUUAAAGAUGCAAGACAAAAUGUUGAAGUUAAAUCAUCAGAGAGUGCUUCAGAAGAAAAUCAUUCCAAGGACACUUUGUGUUCAAAUGAUGAUGCCAGUAAGUUACAGCAUGAAGGAACUAUCAUCAGUGAACAAAAAGAGAAAGAAGCCAAAAUAUUGGCAAAGAAACCAGUAAAUUCAAAAGAAAAAAGAACCAAGGUGGAACAUGGACCCAAUGCUGUAGACAUUCCAAAUUCUCCAUCAAAGCCUUCUGAAAGGGCUGGUGGUGUUUCUUCUGAGCCCCAGAAGACACCUGCUGACCCAAAAAUGAAAACCUUAAGUAAAACCAAAAAAGGGAAAGAGUCCAGUAGCUCCCUUGAUGGUAACAGUGAUGGAGAAGAAUUACAAGAAGAAAAGGAGUAUUUUGAUGAUAGCACAGAGGAAAGGUUUUACAAACAGUCCUCCAUGUCUGAGGAUAGUGACAGUGGUGAUGACUUCUUCAUUGGGAAAGUCAGACGGACACGAAAGAAGGAAAGUACUUGCCAUUCUUCAAUUAAGGAACAAAUGCCCCCCCAAAAAGUGUUACCUGAGGAAGAUCUACUUGAAACCCAUCAGAGUAUAAGAAGUGACAUAAACAAGCCAAGUACAGAAUCAAGGAAGUUUGAGUCAGUGUUUUUCCAUUCUUUAUCUGGAUCUAAAAGCUCUAGAAGAAAUUACAGAGAACAGGCUCCAAAAAGCAGAACCCCAGGUUUUCAGCAAAAUGAACCUCAGCUUAAGAAUCUGUUUAAUAAGAGUGCACAAAGAGGACUUCAAAGUACAAAACAGCAAUCACAGCUGCCUCUUCAUCCUUCGUGGGAAGCAAGCAAGAGGCGAAAAGAGCAGCAAUCUAAAAUUGCUGUGUUUCAGGGAAAAAAAAUUACAUUUGAUGAUUGAUUAGUAUAGUACCUCUUUUUGUGAACCAGCCCAUUAUUAAAGUUAUGUUUACAUAAGCCUACCACAAAUCAAGUACAUACUUAAAUUGAUUUUUAAUAAUAUACCCACGCUGUU